UGACAUAGUCCACUCGGCCGGCCACAGAAGUAUUACAGACUGCAGCCAGAUCAAUUCAGCCCUCACAAGUAUACUAGUGCCAUCUCAAAAGCUUCAAGAUUCGGUUUACGUUGAGAAGAAUGUGUAUCCUGUACUUCUGUCAGAGUGAAAUCUGGCAGCCAGAUGGGUACAGAUUAAUUCUUGCCAACAAUCGAGAUGAGUACUGGGAUAGACCAACGAAAGAGGCGGAUUUUUGGGCUGCAGACAAAUCCUGUAUAAGCGGACUGGACCAGAUGCCAGGGAGAGAAGGAGGCACUUGGCUAGGCAUGAAUUCCAGUGGGAAACUGGCAGUUCUGCUGAACAUCCUGGGACAACAAGACCCAAAUAAACUUGGGAGAGGGCAUCUCGUGACAAAAUUCAUAUCAGGUUCGGAGGACAUAGACCAAUAUGGAACUGCCAUUCAUAAGCAGAGAUACUCAUACAAUGGUUUCAACCUGGUGCUGUUUGACUUAGGGAAACAGGAGGACUCUCUAACUGUGAAGCCUCUCUACAUCAGCAAUGCCAUGAACUAUUGCUCCUGUGUGACCAAGCGCAACCUCCCCGCUAACAUCUUCUGCCAGACCCAGUGUUGGAGGUGGUGGCUGCUUCUGUUGGCUUCUCUCCGCUCAGAACGGGUCAGCACUCAGCUGUGAACGUCUAUAGCCCAGCCCAGCGGUAUGGCUCCAGAACCAGCUCUUUAAUUCUAGUGGAUGGAGAAGGUCAAGUGGACUAUGUGGAACGGAACACAUUCUUCGGCUCAGAUGACCUACCAGAGUCUGUGGACACUGUCCAUAAGGUUUUCUCUCUGGGUGCACAGACAUAACAUCAGGCUCUGUCAUGUACAAUUUUGUUCUACUGACUUUGUUUGUAUCUGAAAUUCUGUGAUAACUUUCCUCCAAUCAUUUUUCUGUUCCUUGUUAAAAAUCACAGCAAUGUGUUACGUAUUGUUUCAAACCAAUUGAGCUGUUAUCAAAUUUUAAAAUCCUUAUCGAAGCUCUUCUUCCCACCAGCUGCUUGUGCUAGUAAUUGACCAUCAGGGAGAGUUGUUUAUGAUUAUAUUUACACACCGAAUUCUGAUCCUGUUUUUUUACUGGGCUGCAGUGUCUGCCGAGCUAUUAUCAUGGUCGUUACUGGGACUGGAUCCAUGAAUUUUUUAUUUUUUACAGUACUACCUUGAACCCACCGUACCACUUUAAUAUGUGGUUUAGUUGUUACACUCUGCGUCUUAUAGAAAACCACUCCACAAUGCUGGUUCAUACAUAUUGCUGCAGCAUUUUCUAGGUUCUAGGGAUGGUAUCAAGGCCCACUUAACUUGGGUCUUUCUUGCAACUUGGAAAUUAUCAGGAAUUUUUAUAUUUGAAUCGCAAAACAAGUAAAUUUUUCGCAUGGGUUCUGAGUUUAAGUCAGACGUGGGCAGCCGCUGGAAUUUCCGGUGUAGUCUGCCACAUCUAUGGGGUGUUUUUUUUUUAAUGACCCACUUAAACAACAGUAACUCAGUUAUCAUUGGACGAAUUUAACAAAACUUUGCAGUAGUAGAAUUCGACCAUGGGGAUAUUACAUUUGUAAAUCAAAUUCUAAACAUUUCAACCAAAAUGGACUGAAAUGCAAAACUGUGCAACUUCUUAAAAAUCAAUCAUUUUGUUCUACUUCAAAUAGUCACUAUUUGUUCAUUGAAGAACAAAAUUAACAAAAAAUG